ACCAAAUGUUUUCUAGUCAAAAGUAUUUUUAUUGGCGGCACUUUUUUGUCACAUGAGGACUUUUCUUUUUUAAAGUUAUCUGUCUUUUACCUUUAUAUUCCCUCUAAGUGAUUUAAAUAACCUUUAAGCCAAUAUGAAUCCAACUGUCGACUGUUCCGAGACCCCAGUACUAAAAAAGAAACCAGAAUUGGAUGGGGAGCUCAUUAUAAAAGAAAAGGCUGAAAAACAUUAUGAAACAGGUAUUAUUUCCAUGGCACAUUCUCAGUUUGAUAAGGCCGUGUCCUGUUUCUCAAAGGCCAUAGUGCUCCAGCCACAUAAGACUCAAUUUUAUGUCCAGCGGGCAGAAGCAUAUCUUCAACUGUGUGACUUUCAGUCUGCAGCACUGGACUACAAACACGCCAGAAGACUAGAACCACAAACUGAGGCCUACCAUCAACGACUCGCCUUCAUACACUACCUACAGGGCCAGUGUCUUUUUGAUCUAGGCAACUUUCUGGAGGCUUUAGAGUCCUUCACAAAAGCUGCAGAACUCAAACCCGACUUUCAACCUUAUCGUAUGAGAAGCUUAGCUUGUCUGAGCGCCCUGGGUCGUUACUUUGACUGUCUUCGACUGGUCAAUAACUGGCUGGAGACGGAUGGCCUUUCAGCAGAUCUCUUCACUCUGAGAGCUCGCCUUCACCAUCAGCUCAAUCAGAUGACCCUGUGCUGUCAUGACUUGAAGUCGGCACUCAGCAUGAAACCGUGCUGUCCAGAGGCGCUUGCACUAUUAGGGAGACUAAAGGAAGCAGCGGAAGAGUCCCAUCAGGCAGCUGUUGAUAAGGCAUUAAAGGGAGAGCUUUCAGAGGCACUGGGCAAAAUAAACAGUGCUAUGGAGUUCAUCCCAAAUAAAGCACAGUACUACCUAUUCAGGGGAAUUCUGUAUCGGCGCCUAAAAGACUUCACAGCUGCCAUUGAGGACUUGGUUCUUGCUGUUGAGUUUUGUGGGAUUGAAGAAGAAUCUCCUCAGGGAAAGCCCCAAGAUGACUCUGAUGGUUUAGAGGAAGAAGCACGGACACAAAUGGUGCUCACGUACAAUGAUUUUGCCAUUCAGUGCUUCUCCCAGGGUCUGUACAGUGAAGCUGUCAUACUGCUGAACAAGGCCAUAGAGAAACAAAGAGAUGCAAGUGAACUGUUCAUCAACAGAGGAGAUAGUUUUUUUAAGCAGUGUGAAUGGACCUUUGCUCUGGCUGACUAUCAGCAAGCUGAGGAGUUGGACCUGGAAAACACAGCUAUCUGGCUACGACUUGCUGUUAUUCACAACACACUGGGUCUGCAAAGCUACGAAGACAAGAAGUUCCAGGAAGCAGCAGAAAGGUUUUCUGUUGCAAUAAAGUACAACCCUGGUGUAGUUCAGUAUUAUGAGAAUCGAGCCAAAACUUUUAACAGGCUGGGCAAAACAGAGGAGGCCAAAAACGAUGCCAUUAGUGUUCUCGUCUUAGAGCCCACCAAUGACCAGGCCUCCAAACAAUGA